AUUGCUUUAAGUAUUCUAAGGUGGGUUGGUUCAGGUCUGGAGGAUGUGAUGAUAGAUUAUAUCCUUGGGAAGACGAAGGCCACUGAAGUUGCUCAUUUAGCAUGGAAGUAUAUUGUUCAGAAAGGGGAUACAGUUGUUGAUGCCACUUGUGGUAAUGGACACGAUACAUUGGCAUUGGUGAAGCUGGUAACUGCUGAUAAGACUCAAAGAGGCCGUGUUUACUCGUUAGAUGUUCAGAAAUUUGCGUUGGAAAAGACUUUGGCCUUACUUGAUGAAUCACUCGACAAAGAUGAGAAAGAAAUUGUUAAGUUGGUUGAGACUUGUCACAGUAGGAUGCAUGAAGUUGUUCCAAAGGGAGAACCGGUCAGGGUAGUUGCCUUCAACUUAGGGUACCUUCCCGGGGGAGAUAAAGCACUAAUAACAGGUCCUAAGACGACCCUAAUGGCUUUAGAGUCUGCAAAGGACUUGUUAACACACGGAGGUCUCAUAAGCGUAGUUGGUUACGUGGGACAUCCUGGUGGAAGGGAAGAGUUUGAGACAGUUCGAGAGUUUGGUUCUAGGUUACCUGUUGAUGAAUGGAGUUGCUGCGAGCUCCGAAUGUUAAACCGACCUCUGGCUCCUGUUCUUGUUUUUAUGUUUAAAAAAUAGAUCUAGCUAAUCUAUUGAUUUUUCUAUGGUUUACGCGUAGAAGUUGUUGGGGCCUAUCAUCGGGUGGUUAGUGUGUCCUUUUGUUCUAGUUAUUUGUGAAUUCAAAACCAUUAGAAAUACAAUUCACAUCUCGCUAGUUCAUGUUGGUU